AACAUCAACCAGUAACGAAGUAUAGGCUACGCAUCGUUCUGAGGAAGUUUUAAGCCUUUUCUUUGUACUCUGUCGCUUCUGAUAAUCAGCUUCAGUGGUUCAGGUCUCUGAACUCACCCAAACAUUUGCGUAAUAAUCAUCAUCCGGAAUCAGAGAUCCCAAAAAUUACAUGAACAAGCAAGCUGAGAUGACGACGUGGGCGCAUGCUUCUCAUAACCAAUCGUUGGGCGACUGAUGUUGCAUGUGUGCAGCUCUCAACAUGUAAAUGAAUGACGUUGGCAAGAUGAGCACCAGCACUAUGACAGCAUUCAACAGUAACUUUCCGCUGCAGGUCAGAUGCGCGCUCGAACUGGACAGACUGAUGUAAACGGGAGGAUAUACUCAACAUAAUAACAUUUCUCGGGCUUCAAGAACAGAAGGGGGCAGAAUAAAGAAUGACAGAUAUAAUGAACAACCCAGAACACACUCGAGCAGACUUCACUGUGAGUGACACCGGAGAACAAGGCGUUUCCUUUCAGAUUUUCCCAGACACACAGGAGCGCCACCCCAAGGUGUUCAAGCGCCUGCCCUCCAUCGUAGUGGAGCCCACAGAGGGAGAGGUGGAGAGCGGAGAGUUACGUUGGCCCCCAGAUGACCUGAGAAGCACAGACCCUUCCAGCCAAACCCAGAUAUCACACAGCCAGAGUACAGAUGAAGUCAAGUGCAGCAGCCUGGAAACAUCAGGGGCAGCUGAGCGUGACUGAAAUUCAAUAAAUACGUUGUCACAAGUCUGCCAUUAUCACAAGUCUUGGUUCUCACAAAAUUUUCACACUUAGAAAGACACAGAUACUGACAAGCAACACAAAGCUACAUCUGAGCACCCUUUAUAACACAUUCAUGGCUUUAAAAAAACUUUUGAAAGUCUUUUGUACUUUUUAAGAUCAGACUCAUUACACAUUUUAUCUGUGGAAAGUGGCUUUAACAAUCUUACAUUGCCUUCAGACUUGAAGGCCUAGUUUGUCUUUCCUGAUGCAGAAAUAUACAGUAUCCUCUACAUCUAUAGAUGUCUGAGAAUAUACUGAAAAUGUGUAGAAUUUGGAUGUCACAAUAAAAAUGGAUUGUAUGAGCACAAUUCAGCUGAGAAUAUGAAUGUACAGAAUAUUAUUCAGUAUAAAUGUAUAAAAAACACAAAUCCAGUUCCUGGAUCUCAAGUAAGCAAUGUGCAGUCAGUUAGCCAGUAGUGCUCUAUUAUUUAGCUUUAUUGACCAGCUGAUUAUAUUAGUUCAAGUAAUACACGGAUACGUAUCCAAUAAAUGGAUGUAAAAUAUUAAACUAAUUUAAUGUGUGAGAUGUAAAAACCACAAAGUGAUACAGAUUUAAACAAGCACAACAAUGUGGGAAACUGAUUGCCAGGUCCACAUAAAUAUUUGGCCUCAGAAAGUUAAAUCACAGCUUUCUGUGGUCAAAUAUUUAUGUAUAUUUACUGUUUAUGUGUACUGGCCAAUCAGAAUCAAGUAUUCUAAAGAACCAUGUAAUGAGCACAACAUACUCAAUGGUUUUGGAUGCUUUGAUGAUCCAUUUAAAAUCUAGAGAGAGAUGUAUUGAUUUGUUAUCAUGCCCUCCACUUUGAUGUAACCCAGAAGCCCAUGAAUGCAUAUUCUAAAAAGAUUGCAGUGACCACUGUGAAUCUCUCAUUCAUGUGAAAAUUAUUCAUUACACGCUCGGCGGCUGAAAACUCUCUCUCCUCACCAUCUGGCUGAGGCUUGUGAGGAAUGACUGCUACUGAACUUCAAACACGUCUGCCUGUCAAUCAGCCCGAGGACAAGGACUUCCUUAAAUCUCCAAGCCCUGUCUGACUUUCUGCAGACUUGAAACACAAUACACAAUAUUUUCAAAGCACAGCUGCUGGAGCUAGAGUCCCGCACUGGACUACAGACAGAGAUUGCCUAUAAUACAGCUUAAUUUAUGGCUAUAAUUAGUUGUGUCUGCUAAGACAAGCAUUGAGUGCUAUUGCUAUUUUCUUUCUUAGGGCUAAGAAUUUAAACAGACACCUAUCCUUGAGUAUUAUAGAACUUAUUCUUAACCGUUUGUACAACAGGCAUGAAUGAUACACCAAAUCAUGCUGGGAAAUACUGGGAAGGCCAACUCCGAUAUUGUGUCUGCGAGUAUUGCACAUAUAGGCAUAAGACACUUACAAUUUCAUGUACAUUUUUGCAUAAUAUCUACUUUAACAGUAAUGAUAGAUUAGAUGUUGUAGUAAUAUUGAUGUGACUCUUGAACCACUUCACAACAUACAUUGCCCUACUGUAUUUCUUAAUUUCUAAAUUCCCAUAGUGAAAAUGCCCUGAUGUGUAUCUGUGUUGUUUAUAGUCUAUAUUUUGAAAUGGCCAGAAAUGUCUACUGUAAUAUUUUCAUAAUCCUGCAACUAAAGGCAUGUGUUUGCCAUAAAAACACUUCCCAACACUAUCAUACGAGGUGUCUCCAUCAGGAUUUUUGAUCUUUUUGUAUUGGCAUGCAUUGACAGUUGUGACUUUUAGUACUUUUUAAAGAAUAACUGGAAAUUACCUAAUUAACCAGCAGAAACAUCUUCUGGAAAACCCUGAUCAGAAUUUUGUAUUUUAUUUUAGAUUUCUAUAUAAGAUUUGUACUCAAUUGCCUUCAUUUCAUCAUCAAACUUGUUGUAAAAAUGAAUGGAUAUUUUAAGAUUACACUUGCUCUUAAUAUGUACACAUUUUUUGUUUGUUCAUUUGUUUGGUAAGUUUAAAUAAAGAUUAAUAUUAGAUAA